GGCACAGGUGAGAGUGGGAAGAGCACAUUCAUUAAGCAGAUGCGCAUCAUCCACGGGGCUGGCUACUCGGAGGAGGAUAAACGGGGCUUCACUAAGCUGGUCUACCAGAACAUCUUCACUGCCAUGCAGGCCAUGAUCCGGGCCAUGGAGACUCUGAAGAUCCUGUACAAGUACGAGCAAAACAAGGCCAAUGCGCUCCUGAUCCGGGAAGUGGACGUGGAAAAGGUGACGACAUUUGAGCACCGGUACGUCAACGCCAUCAAGACCCUGUGGAAUGACCCUGGCAUCCAGGAGUGCUAUGACCGGAGGCGGGAGUACCAGCUCUCCGACUCCGCCAAAUACUACCUGACCGAUGUGGACCGCAUUGCCACCUCGGGCUACCUGCCCACCCAGCAGGACGUGCUGCGGGUCCGUGUGCCCACCACCGGCAUCAUCGAGUACCCUUUUGACCUGGAGAACAUCAUCUUCAGGAUGGUGGAUGUGGGAGGACAAAGGUCCGAGAGGAGGAAGUGGAUUCACUGCUUUGAGAAUGUGACAUCCAUCAUGUUCCUCGUGGCCCUUAGUGAAUACGACCAAGUCCUGGUGGAGUCGGACAACGAGAACCGCAUGGAGGAGAGCAAAGCCCUGUUCCGGACCAUCAUCACCUACCCCUGGUUCCAGAACUCCUCAGUCAUCCUCUUCCUCAAUAAGAAGGACCUGCUGGAGGACAAGAUCCUAUACUCCCACCUGGUGGACUACUUCCCCGAGUUUGAUGGGCCUCAGCGGGAUGCGCAGGCUGCCCGGGAGUUCAUCCUGAAGAUGUUUGUGGACCUGAACCCUGACAGUGACAAGAUCAUCUACUCGCACUUCACUUGCGCCACUGACACGGAGAAUAUCCGCUUUGUCUUCGCGGCCGUCAAGGACACCAUCCUGCAGCUCAACCUGAAGGAGUACAACCUGGUGUGACCCUGUGGGGAGCCCACGGGACAGACCCUCCUGUGUGAUGAUGUGACAGCGGCUUUGACCGCAGAGGAGCUGAUUUUUUUUUCAUAUUUUUAACAAAUGGUUUUUAUUUCACAGUUAUCAGGGGAUGUACAUCUUUCUUUCUAUAUACUUCGUGCACCUUCUCACCUUUUGUCAGCGGCACAGGCUGCCUUUUUCUGGCCUUGACUGUGGCUCGCCUUUUUCUAGAAAAAAAAAAAGGAAAAAGAAAAAAAAAAAAAAAUGAGACAAGCGGAGAUGAGACAAACAAGUGCCCUGCCCCCAGCGCCUCCAGGCCUUCCUUGGCCCCCCGACCUCGGCCCCAACCCCUCGGGGUUGCACCUUCGGCCACCGGCCACCGUGGGACAGAACCGCCCAGCUGGCCCUGGUCCCUUGAUGUGGGGACGUGGGGACGUGGAGACUGUGACUGAUCUUUCUUCCUUUUUUUUAAGUUAUUGCCAUCUUCACGACGACGCUGUAUUUUUGCUCACUGGACUCCAAGAAGUGGGGGUGGGUGGCUCCCCCUGUUGCCCACCCUGGGAAGUGCCUAACCAUUUUUUUAUUUUAUUUUAAAGGAAAAACAAAAAGUAUAAGGGCUCCUCUGCAGUGAAGAUAUCUCUGGACCCUGUCUCAGCCUCCGGUGGUUGCCUGGUCCUGGGCUUGAGGGGUCCUCUGAGCUGUGUCUCCAGGGCCAUCUGGCCUGCUUGGAGCUCUCCCUGUGUGCCCGAGGGUCAUGUGCUCAGCACCCAGGCCGGAGAGCACCCGUGGAAGCCCACAUGGCCCGGGAGUCAGGAGAGGGCCCACUUGGAUGAAAGUCACUUUUGCUUUCAUUCCAUUUUGUAGCCAAUUUGGAGACGGUGGUGACUGUGGGCUGGGGACUUUUUCCGAAUAUUCUCAGGUCUGUUCCCACGAAGCAGAGAGAGCUUGAGGGAGAGUCCUGUGGUGGUUCCCAGGCGCGGUGGCCGCCGUGGCACGCACUUGCUGACCCCUGGGAAUCAAGCAGGCAGCAGGGGCACUUUGCCCAGAGCUGUUGAGGGUCGCGUGGGAGCCAGCAGCUGGCACCUUGGCCCUGGGCGGCCUCCAGGCCAUGGUCAUGCAUCAAGCCAGAGCCAUGGGCUGCCUGGCCUAGGUCCCCCUCCCAGGGGCCUCUGAGGGCAGCACAAGCAGGGGGCUGGUCUUUUGAGGAGAGGGAGUUGGCUUUUCAUCUGAUGUAGACUGAACACUACAGUGUUUGUUUUGUUUUGCACAGCGGAAGGGGAACGGACCCACUACACCUGGACCCUAAAGUAGCAGUCUGUGUGGCCGCUCCUUUUUGGGGCCAUUGACAAAUGCAAAAGAAACAACACAAAAAUUGAACCCACCCAAAGAGCCAGUCCUGGGUGGCUGGCCCCUCCUUCCUCCUCUCCCCAUCCCACCAGCAGGACAAACCAGGAAGGCCUCAGGGCAAUGGGGAGCCAAAGACAGGCAGAAGUUGGGGGUGGCUACAUUCCUGGUAAUCAGCUCCAUCUGGGGGCAGAAUGAGCUGGGGAUCCCCAGCUUCUCAGCCAAUUUUCCAAAAAGGGUCCUUUUUGUGCCAUGUGUCUAUUUGAGAGGGUUGAACAUAACCCCAUUCUUGCCCUCAGUGGGGGGAAGCAGGUGGUACUGCUGGCGGUGGGCCUGUGCGAGGACUUGAGGUCCUCAUAGGGAGGCAUCUUGAUGUCCUAGCCCCUCUCAAGGGUCCAGAUCACAAAAAGGGAACUGGAUUGGACUCUUGAGAGGUGCAUGAGCAUGUGGGGGAGGCACCGGGAGAAUAGCUCCUCUUAGAGAGGAGGCAGUGUGCCAGGCAUCCCACAGCACAAGGCUGGCUAAAGCCCCCAGCCCCUCUCCCCCCCCCCCACCCCCUUACUGGGCCUUCUGGAACACCACGGGCCUGGCCCCACUCCAGGAGCUGAGGGCAGGGCCAACCCGUGUCCCGGGGGGAAUCCAAGACCAGUUCUGUGCCAGUGCCAGCCGGGGCCAGAGGUCCCGGUCCCAUGCAAGGUUACCGGUCAGUGUCUUUGAUUUUCAACCUGAUGAACUCCUCCUAAUGCUUUCUCUCACGUGCCAACCUCCCAGCUCCUCCCACUGUGUCCGAUCGCCCUGCAGUAUAGCCAUUCCCCGGCAUCCAACUCCUUGAGAGACCUGAGACGUCUUAGUGCCAAUGCCCCUAGCGGCAGUGCAGGAACUUCCGGCUGGUGGGGUGAACACUGUCGGGUUAUACUUGUAUAUUACACAGUCCUGAUUUCAGACGAUUUAAACCUUAACCUAUUUAAAAAAAUAUUAUAUAAAAUGCUGUUUUUAAACCUUUUGUCAUUUGAAAUGCAUGUAUUGUCACGUGUGCUGGGGGAUGGGUGCAAUUAGCUGGAUGCCAACCGAUGGCAGAAGCUGUCCUGUCCAGGUGGGUGCGCGGCAGGCUCUGCUCAUGUGUCGGGGCCCUGACCCCUUAAUCCAGAGAUGCCUGAUGGAAGUUGACUUUUCAUAUCUUUCUCCUGAAAUGAAUUGUUUUAAAUUGGAAUAAAUCUUGUUCCUAAA